AUGAACCAGUUUUUCAUGCGGUUGCCUAGCAGUGAUUGCGAACCCGGUCGAUAUGUGGCGGUAGAAGGGAGCAUUUACGGAUGUGAGUCUAUUGAUACAGCACUGUGUUGGGCUCUCCCUGCUAUUGUUACGCUGGUCAUAACACGACAACAUUCCGAUGCAAAUGUUGUGUUGUACUGUUUAGUGAAGUGCCUGUGAUCCACCUGAUAAAUUUUGCCGUGGACCAGGCUCGCUUGUUUAUUUCUCUGGUUAUAGAUAAGACGAGAUGCGAGAACUACCGCGGCAUAAAUCUCAUCGACGUUGCUGCGAAGAUCUUCGCUAUUGUCCUACUCAGACGAUUCCAGGCUGUGCGUGACUCAAGGACGAGGCCCAACCAAGCCGGAUUUCGUGCUGGACGUGGAUGCGCAGAUCAGAUAUUCACACUGAGGCGCAUUCUCGAAUUUCGCCAUAGCUACCAACAACCGACGGCCGUCUGCUUCGUUGACUUUGCCGCUGCGUUCGAUUCCGUUCACCGUGAGUCCCUGUGGCGGAUAAUGGCGCUAGAUGGUGUACCGGCAAAAAUCAUCGCCAUGAUCAAGGCCUACUAUCGCUCCACUACUGCGAGUCCUGGUCCGUAA